UCCUGCCCUCGCCCGGCGCUCACCACAGCUUCCUGCCGCACGCGGGUGGGAGGGCGGGCACAGGGAGAGGCGGGCGCCGAGGAGGGGCAGGUAGGGCUGGGACGCAGGGGUGGCUGGAUCCCCCGACUUCAGCCCAGGCCCUGGUCUGACCACCCUGGGAGCAGGGACUUUCCACAGCCAGCUGGACGCCCACUCAGCCCAGUAAAAGAGGGGACCCAUCCCGGGAGCCCUGGGGAGGGCACAGCCGCCUCCUCCUGGGCUCCCCCAUCACCUGGUGCCUACCUUCCCCCUGCCCCCUGCUGGGCCUGGUCCUCACCCGGUCCUCACCCCGUCUUUGUCUGGCCUUGGCUUUGCCCUUGAGGGGCCUGGGGGUGCAGCCGGCCUGCUCUGAGCUCCCCUGCAGAUGGAGGAGGCCAUCCUUGUCCCCUGCGUGCUGGGGCUCCUGCUGCUGCCCAUUCUGGCCAUGUUGAUGGCACUGUGUGUGCACUGCCACAGAUUGCCAGGCUCCUACGACAGCGCAUCCUCAGAUAGUUUGUAUCCAAGGGGCAUCCAGAUCAAACGGCCUCACACAGUCGCCCCCUGGCCACCUGCCUACCCGCCUGUCACCUCCUACCCACCCCUGAACCAGCCAGACCUGCUCCCCAUCCCAAGAUCCCCACAGCCCCUUGGGGGCUCCCACCGGACGCCAUCUUCCAGGCGGGAUUCCGAUGGUGCCAACAGUGUGGCGAGCUACGAGAAUGAGGGUGCGUCUGGGAUCCGAGGUGCCCGGGUUGGGUGGGGAGGCUGGGGCCCAUCCUGGGCUAGGCUGACCCCUGUGUCGUUACCCCCAGAACCAGCCUGUGAGGAUGCGGAUGAGGAUGAGGAUGAGGACGACUAUCACAAUCCAGGCUACCUGGUGGUGCUUCCCGACAGCACUCCGGCCGCUAGCACUGCCGCCCCAUCAGCUCCUGCACUCAGCACCCCUGGCCUCCGAGACAGUGCCUUCUCCAUGGAGUCCAUUGAUGAUUACGUGAACGUUCCGGAGAGCGGGGAGAGCGCAGAAGCGUCUCUAGAUGGCAGCCGGGAGUAUGUGAAUGUGUCCCAGGAGCUGCAUCCUGGAGCGGCUAAGACUGAGCCUGCCGCCUUGAGUUCCCAGAAGGCGGAGGAAGUGGAGGAAGAGGGGGCUCCCGAUUACGAGAAUCUGCAGGAGCUGAACUGAGGGCCUGGUGGAGGCCAAGUCUGUCCUGGAACCAAGCUUGUCUGGGACGGCUGGAGCUGGACAGCUGGAAGUGGCUCUGGGGUCCUCACAUGGCAUCCUGCCCUUGCUCCAGCCUGACAACAGCCUGAGAAAUCCCCCCGUAACUUAUUACCACUUUGCGGUUCGGCCUGUGUGCCCCGAACGCUCUGCACCUUCUGACGCAGCCUGACAACAAUGACCUGCCCUGGCCCCAGCCCUACUCUGUGUAAUAGAAUAAAGGCCUGCGUGUGUCUGUGUUGAGCGUGCAUCUGUGUGUGCCCGUGUGCAAGUCUGAAUCAGAGAUUUGGAGAUGUCUGUGUGUGUGUCUCUGUCUGUGUGUGUGUCUGUGGGUCUCCAUCCUUCAUGGGGGCUCAGCCAGGUGCUGUGAGUGACAGCAGACAGUGGCUGGGACACCCCCCUUCUGAAUGACGCCUUCUGACCUGGGCUGGCACUGCUGAGGCUCAGGACACAUCGCCCCAUGAGACAGUCCCAGGACGUGGCAGCCGCUGGCUGUGACAAUGGCUUCGCCAUCCGUAGACCAAGGGAUAGGACCUGAUGACCUGGGAGGACUCUCUUAGUUCUUACCUUUUGUGGUUCUCAAUAAAACAGAACUUAAAAGAU